AUGGGGUUUAUAAAGCAAAGUCUCAUGUUUUGUUUCUUGCUAGUGCUUUUUUCAUAUCUUAAAUCGUUAUUGGAACCAAAGCUCCCUUUGGUGUUUGGCGGAUAUUAUCACCCAGCCUUUAAAAACGUGGCGGACAAAUUCAAAGAGAAUUUAAAAAAUGGCAAAGAACGCGGAGGAACUUUCGCAGUCUACCAUAAAGGGCGCUUGGUUGUGGAUAUAUGGGGAGGAUAUGCUGACGAAGAAGCACAAAUUCCAUGGCAACGAGAUACCAUGUCGAUUGGAUUCUCAAAUACGAAAGGUAUCGCUGCCUUAAUGGUGGCACAAAUGGCUGACAAGGGUGUAAUUGACUAUAAAGCUCUUGUUUCGGAUUACUGGCCAGAGUUUGCUGAAAGUGACAAAGGAAAUAUUACGGUUGAAAUGUUGAUAAGUCAUCAGGCGGGGUUAGCGGCUCUUGAUGACCCAAUAAACAUACUAGACAUAAAUGGUGAUCCAGAAAAAGUUGAAAAGAGUCUGUGUUCUCAAAGACCACUUUGGCCAGCUGGUUCAGCACACGGUUAUCAUACGUUGACAUACGGUUUAUAUAUAGACACGUUAAUGAAGAAAGCUGACCCAAAAGGUCGAACAGCUGACAUAAUAUUCAUGGAGGAUAUUUCCAGUUUGUUUGACGUUGAAAUGUACAUGGCAGUGCCAAGACAAGAAUUUUAUCGUGUUGCAAGGGUUUAUGAAGACCCUGUUUGGAAAUUUCUUUAUAAAUGCUUAUCCAGUCCAAGGUAUAUCCCACUUUUCUUUCGUUACAUAUUAAAUUCGAAUUCAUUAGUUGCAAGGGCCGGGAAAGCAGUGAAAGAAUUCUCCCUUGGUUCAAAUAUCCAUAACAAUCCAUACUAUAGGGAAAUGCCGCUGUCAUGUUGCUAUGGUACCGGCACGGCUCGGGGUUUUUCAAAACUUUACGGCAUCAUGAGCAACGGAGGUAUCAACGGAACCAAACGAUUCUUAUCUGAGGAAGCUAUUAAUAAACUUACAACACCGAUAGUUUCAGGGUUAGAUGAAACUAUUGGAAUACAGGUAACGUACGGACCAGGAACUCUUAUGAAAGCUAAUCCACGAGGGGAUCCAAUGUUCGGACACACCGGCCACGGCGGACAGGUUGCAAUGGCAGAUAUGAAGAAUAACCUCGGUAUUGCGUACCUUACAAAUUUCAUAUCGUUGCACGGACUUGGUGAUGAUCCGAGAUAUGUUGACCUAGAAAAUGAACUUUAUAAAAGUCUUGAUAAGUAUGUAGCACAACAAGAAUGA